AUGCCAUUCGAUGAUGAGGUGUCGCACGAAAAUCAAUUAAAUGCAGCUUACGAAAAAAAUCGAUUAAAUCAUUGCAUGCAAUUAAAUGUUGAUUCGAGCCCAAGAUCUGUUAAACUUACAGGUGUAAUGGUUACAAUGGGAAUCCUAUUUUUAUUGAUAUUGUUUCUCUGUAAAAAAAUAUUACAAAAAUUAGGUGUUACAAAUUCCUAUCCAUCGGCAAUUGCGGAAAUCAGUAAAGCCGGAGCAAAUAUAGUUCGUUUGAACUUUUCUCAUCAAACAGACAAAUGGCAUGUUAUUACAAUAAGAUCCAUCAGAGAGGCUGGAAAUAUUUUAUACAAUUGCGAGCGCAGAAUUUGUCCCAUUGCUGUGGCGGUCAAUCUCAGUGGUCCUGAGAUACGUACCGGAAUUUUUCGUGGUGAUCCAUUAUCCAUGGAUCAUGCUGUAUUGGUAGAAGGUAACGCUGUACGUUUAUUGACGGAUGAUAGAAUCCAACGAGCGGGAACUUCUUCCUGCUUUUGGGUCUCGUGUCAAGAAUUAAAAAGGGUUUGUCAGAUAGGAGACAGAAUUUCAAUCGAUCGUGGCACCGUAUUAUUAAAAGUAACUUGUAUCGGUAGUACCGGAGUUACCUGUAAAGUUUUAAAAGGUGGCAUUAUCGGAAAUGAAAAGACAAUUCAACUUUUAGACAGUAUUAUUUCUUUUCCAAUGGUUUCGGAAAAAGAUAAGGAAGAUAUUAAACUCGCAUCGAAUCUCAAAUGCGAUUUUAUUAUUAUCAAUCAUUCGCGUAGCGGUAAAAUGAUUUGUUUGAUAAAAAAUGAAAUAAAGAAAACAGACAGUAGUUGGAUGCGAGUUAUGGCGAAAAUCUGUUCGAGGCAAGGUUUACAAAAUUUCGAUGAAAUAUUAAAAGAAGCCGAUGGUAUAAUAUUCGAAAGGAUUGGUGUGGCUCUUGAUAUAGGAAAAGAGAAAUUAUUUCUCGCGCAAAAGUCUGUAAUAGCUAAAUGUAACAAGGUCGGAAAACCUGUCGUUGUAAUUUUCCAUCCUAAAUUGAAGGAAAGACCAAAAAUUAAUAAAGAAUUAAUAGCUAAUGCGGUCUUAGACGGAGCGGAUACAAUUUGCUUGGCUACAGGAAAUUUAAACUUGAAGGAUACAUUGGAGUUAAUUAAAGAUGCUCAUGUCGUAUGCAGAGAAGCGGAAAGUGCACGAUGGCAAAGAGAAAUUUUCGAUACUUUUAGUAAUAUGACAAUGAUACCAUUGGACAUAGCACAUUCGAUUGCUAUUGGCGCCAUUCAGACGUCCUUGAAAUGUAAUGCAGCUGCCAUCAUCAUCACGACUACAACUGGACGAAGUGCCGUGUUGCUUUCGAUAUAUCGACCAAGAUGUCCUAUCAUCGCUGUAACACGUUUUGGUUUCGUUGCACGAUUUUUACAAAUUUAUUUUGCCAUACAUUCGGUUCAUUACAAGGCACCACCUUUAACCAAUUGGCUGAAAGAUAUAAACGUACGCGUAAAAGCUGGCAUGAAUUAUUUAAAAGAAAAUAAUUACAUCAAAGUUGGCGACGCGAUAGUGGUAGUUGGACCGUCCCAACAAAAUGGUGCAGGAUUUACAAAUUCUAUACGUCUGGUCUAUGUUUCACCUGAUCUUAAUAAAUCCAUGCCGAUUAAUCCAACGGAAGCUGAAUAAUUAUGAAUAGCAAAAAUCGUAUUCGAAGAUGAGCAACCAAAACAAAAUGUUUAAUCUAUUUUAACCGGUAUUACUUUUUCAACCCUGAGGCAAAUAAACGCUAGAGAGAAUAUAAAAGAUCAAGAAAAGAAAAAAGAAAAAGAAAAAAGAAAAGAAAAUGUACAUUGAGAAAGUCCUUUCAUUGACACAACCGUGAACGUCCAAUGAACAGAUGGUUAUGUCGUGUUGUACUACCUAGCAAUGUCCGUUAUCUCGUCACUGAUUAGGUUCUACAUACGCCUCGCAAAACGAAGGACAAAGUUCAUACGAGGUAGAUAAAACCGAUCGUGUUGGAGGUCGGUUUCUGGUAUACGUUCAAAGUGCUAUCGGUAUCUUUUUGUCGUCGGUCAUCAAUCGAGACACAAGGUGGAUUUUUCACGUCAUCACGGAUGAACAUCAAACUACGUGGAGUAAUAGGAGUACAAUUACUAGACUUAUUUAACGUAAUAUCUAAGGUGUUUACAUACUAAAUGAAUAUAUUCUUAUUAACACACGUUUAUUGACCGAUCACGCACGUAUUUCGUAUAUGCAAGCAAUUUAUGCAAUUAUUAAAAUAUAUUAUUGUACCACUAUAUUUUUCCAUAAUGUUUUCUUAUAU